GCAGGAUGAAUUUCCUCAAAUCAAAGCUUUCUCCACCUUGUCUCCCAUCCCGGGGUUCACCAAAUGGCUGAUUGGUCUGCUGUGCUCACAAUCCAACGAACUGGGCCGGGGAAACCCUUUCACGGAUCUGGAGAUGCAAGAAAUUUCGGAGAUCACGGGAGACCCCGCGGCUGAGAAACUGAAGCGCCUUUUCACAAACAACGGGUGGGUGAAGUCUGAAAAGCUGGCUCGGGUCUUACAGCAGCCCCUCCUGAGGCUUUGCGCCUGGUACCUCUACGGAGAGAAGCACCGCGGCUACGCGCUCAACCCGGUGGCCAAUUUCCACUUACAGAACGGGGCGGUGCUGUGGCGCCUGAACUGGAUGGCCGACGCCAGUCCCCGCGGCUUGACGGCCUCCUGCGGCAUGAUGGCCAACUACCGCUACUUCUUGGAGGACACGAUGGCCAACAGC